CAUAAAUAAACCGAAACAAAAUUCUUAAUUCUUCAUCUCUCUAUCAAAGAAAAAAGAGAGAAAAAAAAAACAGUAAAGAUGGUAGCUCGCCAAUUCAUCAUCAGCCACAACGACUCCAUCUUCGACGUCGAUUAUGACACCGACGACGGCCUCGAAGUUCUUAAGAUCCAGCUUUUCUCUCUCACUUCAAUCCCUCCUCAUCUCCAGCAGAUCACCGGAGAAGAUGAUGAUCGAGUCGUAUCGGACGAUUCUGAUCUCACUGGCAUUUCUAACAAACUCAAAUUGAUAAAAAUCAACGAGGAAGAGAAGGAAGUCAAGUUACAAGAAUCAAUUGCCGCUGUUGUUGGGCAGCAAAAUGAAGAGGAAUCAAUUCGUGAUGUGCCGAUUCUUGGAGGAGAUGACGUGUCGGAUGAUUCUGAUGUCGUUCAUGUUUCGAAUGAACUCAAAGAAUUAACUGUUGCCGAUUUGAUGAAAUCGGAUGAGGAACUUGCGCAGAUGUUACAGGCAGAGGAGGAAGCGCUUAUGUUGCAAGAGUUUGCAGUGAGUGAACAAAGUGAUGAGUUUGGGCAGAAAAUACGGCCCUAUAUCAGUCAAGUACAAAUGUAUGAAGACCCAGUGAGGCAGGAGGCAGCACGGAAGACGGUUCCUAGAGAAGAGCUUGAGGAGAAAGCUUUGGUUUCUCUGGCAAAGGAGGGGAACUUCAAACCAUCAAAAACCGAACAAGACCAUGCUUUUCUGCUGCAGCUGCUUUUCUGGUUCAAACAAUCAUUCAGGUGGGUUAAUGAACCUCCUUGUGAUGGCUGUGGCAAUGAUACCGUUAAUCAAGGAAUGGAUGCUGCACUUCCUUCAGAAACUCAAUAUGGAGCAGCUCGAGUUGAACUUUACCGCUGCAAUUCUUGUUCAACAAUUACCCGUUUCCCACGCUACAAUGAUCCGUUAAAGCUUGUGGAAACUCGAAGGGGUCGCUGUGGGGAAUGGGCCAAUUGCUUUACUCUUUAUUGUCGUGCUUUUGGCUAUGAAUCUCGUCUGAUCCUGGAUUUCACUGAUCACGUUUGGACCGAGUGCUUUUCUGAAUUACUAGGCAGAUGGAUGCAUCUUGACCCUUGUGACGGAGUGUUUGACAGACCAUUACUAUAUGAGAAGGGGUGGAAUAAGAAAUUGAACUAUGUUAUUGCUAUUGCAAAAGAUGGAGUUUAUGACGUCACUAAGCGUUACACAAGGAAGUGGGUUGAGGUUCUAUCCCGACGAAACAUUACCAGAGAGCCUGAUUUGUUGGCUACUCUCCGUAGCAUGACUCGAGAAUGCAGAAGAAGCUUUACAACUCAAAUUCUUUCUGUACUUGAAGACCGUGAUAAGAUUGAAUCAGAAGAGCUUGAGAGAUCUUUAUGUUCCACUAAUGAUUCUUCAGUCUCAUUGCCUGGUAGACAAAGUGGGAACAAGGAAUGGCGCAUUGCAAGAUCAGAAAUUGGUUUUCAUGAUAAUUGUUGUUGGAGUCAUACUUCAUGUCCCAUUCGUGUAUGCGUAGAUGAGCAUGUGACAAAGACUUACAAUGCAUUUUCCCCUCUCCUUUCUCGUUGUGUUGACCACUCUCUUCCCAAAUCAAGAAUUGUUGAAAUACUGAAGAUAUUCAAAGGAAUUUUGGUGGAACUUGGGAAUUCGUCCUAUAAAACCAGGCGAACUUCCAUAAACCCUUUUAUACUUCAUUUGCUGCCAUAUUUUGACGAGUUAAUAAAUGCUCUGUCAUUGAAGAGCGAGAUUGACACUGAUGGAAAAGUGGACAUCUGUUUGGCUGCUGACCCUGUCAUCACCUCUUUAGGACUGCCUGUUGUGCUGGAUGCAUUGGAUGAUUUGAUCAAUGUUCUUAACAACUUUGACAACAUAAGCAAAGUUUCUCUUUCCUGGCCACUAAUAAAGUUGAAUAGGAUCCAUUCAGGUUCUGUUCUUGCAAGUGGCGAGGAACUUCCUUUUGGAAUUGCCACAUCAGCAUUUGAUGGACUUCGCACGUCUAAAUGGGAAGAACCAGAUGGAGCGAGAGUGCCUCUCGUAGGUUGCUGGAUUGUUUAUAAACUAUCAGACAACCAGAUGCACAAACUAGUGGCAUAUGAUAUAAUGUCAGCUAAUGAUGCCCCAGAGAGAGACCCUAUGGACUGGGUUGUCGAGGGUAGUGAUGAUGGUGGUUCUAGCUGGCGUAUUCUGGAUAAACGAACUUCUCAGAUGUUCAAAAAUCGUUUUCAGCGUAAAUCAUUUAAGAUUAAUUCAGAUAGUGUCCCAUGCAACACUUUCAGAUUCCAAUUUCUGGCUGCCAGAGACGUUCAAUCAAAUUCACGCCUACAAUUGGGUAGCAUAGAUCUGUAUGCAAGCAGCGAUUAAGUUUUAUAAGAGAGGAAUGGUCACCCACACAUUGGUUGCUGACGCACUGUUCCAGACUUUGAUGCUAUUGUAUAACUACUUGGUAGUAAAUAUUUGUCCAUGGAGGCAAGCAAUCACACAAUGCUUUGCCAUAUGGGUCACCGUAUUUAGUCAAUAUGUAUUCAUAAUCGCCCAAUUUCUGGGCAGUGUUGGUGGUUCCAUUUCAGCAAAUUUCUUUGUCUUGCCCAAAUACCGAAUCAGGCAUGUUUGAAUAUGUAGUAUGUGGGGGUGAUUAUUUUCGGUCA